CGUAAUCAAAGCACAAAGCGGAAUAAAGCAGAUUCUAAUGUGACAUUUACAUUCGUAGAAGUCUUGUUUAGCAAAAAGUGUUAGCUUAUAUCAAGUGAAUAAAUGAGAAUGCGUCCGAGAUUAUUUAUCUUGGUAUCGUGAUGAUAAAGGAAAAACAACAAACAAGUUCUCGUGAUAAGCUCAGAGGAUGUAUGGUGUGCUUUAGAAGUUUUUCUGGUUAGAAGCGCGAGCAGCAUCGUUAGUGAUAGUCAAGUAGCUGCAGAGUGAUCAGCUACAAUAGAAGGCAGCAACGAUGCCGUGGGAACGACCUGCUUCGGUGCCAUAUCCGAACGUUUGGUGGACCUUCAAAGCGCCGGAUCCGGAUCGUGAGGAUGGUGCACUAGCGACGUAUCGGGUGGAAGAUUUGACUGAGGAUCGUUUCGAGGAUGUAUUGAAGCUGUACACCGAGCACUUUAUGGAUGAUGAGCCCCUCUGUGCCUACUUUGGAAUCCGACAGGAUGUCGAAGCAUGUGAGGAGCUUAGGACGUUCUGGAAGCGUGCCUUCAGUCGGCGACUAACGGUCGUGUGUUAUAAGGAGGGAUCGAAAGAGCUAGUCGGCGCGAACAUACUAGCGAUGUCGUUGGCCGACGAUAAGAAGGACUCAUCGAAUCAGGCUAAAAAUGAGAAAUCGAAGAAAAUUGUCGGAAUAAACGAAUACAUGUCACAAGGGGUGAAUUUGUAUGAGCUGUACGGUGUGGACAAGUAUUUGACCGCGUACGGUCUGAGUGUUAAUACGCGUUUCCGUGGUCUAGGGAUAGCUACAGAAAUCCUCAAAGCCCGCGUACCAAUCUGCCGUGCCUUCGGAGUAAAACUCACAAGCACAAACUUUACGGCGAUUGGGUCGCAGAUACCGGCGGCAAAGGUUGGAUUCAAUACAGAUCUCGAAAUGCCGUGCAAUGAAUUCGUCAAAGUCAACCCCCAAUACACGCUGGACGGCAUCAAGAGCAAAAGUCUAAAGAUGAUGAGUUUGGUAAUCGAUGAUCAACCGUAAUCAAAGCACAAAGCGGAACAAAGCAGAUUUUAUUGUGACAUUUAGAUUUGUAAAAGUCUUGUUUAGCAAAAAUUGUUAGCUUAUAUCAAGUGAAUAAAUGCGAAUGCGUCCGAGAUUAUUUAUCUUAGUAUCUUGAUGA